AUGACAGGUGGACCUCUGCACGUGUCAGCAGUGCAGCACGUCGCGGAACCAGCUUCCACAAACAUCCCGAUAUCAAAAGCCACAUGGGAAGGGACGACCCCCAGCAAUUACCGUCAGCCCAGCAGCGACCACAGGUGGACUCCUGCUGCAGCUUCACAGCCAAAUGUUGCCCGACACAGUCCACCUCCUGAUGAUGCAGCCGUCUCCCGCUUCUGCAUGCCUGCAGCCACAUGGAGCGAGACGACUCCCGGCACUUGCCGUCAAUCCAGCAGCGGCCACAGCUGGACUCCUGCUGCAGCUUCACAGCCAAAUGUUGCCCGUCACAGUCCACCACUUGAUGCUGCGUCCGUCUCUCACUUCUGGACCCUUUCUGGAGAGGAGAAAGGAAGGAGGCUGAUAGAGGCAGCUAAGGAGGGGGCGCUAGAGAAGCUGCAUGCGUUACUGGCGGCAGGAGCGAACACAGGAGAGAGGGGCAGGGACAGCUGGACGGCCCUGCACUGGGCAGCAUACAGGGGGCACCUAAAGGCGGUGAGCUGUCUGGUGGGAGCCGGUGCAGAGGUGGACGUCAGGACCAGCUGGAACUACACACCUCUGCACUGGGCCGCUUACCACGGCCACGCAGAUGUGGUGUGGCGGCUGCUGGCAGCCUCCGCCGACCCCAACGCUAGGGGUGAAUCGGGGUGGACGCCACUCCACGGGGCUGCAAUCAAUGGUCACACACAAGCGGCGGCUGCGCUGCUGAAGGUGGGGGCCGACAGGGGAGUCAGGGACGACGGGGGAAGGACCCCCCUGGACCUCGCCAGGCAGAACAAUAAGCAGCAGCUGGUGGAGAUGCUAAUGCAACACUGA